UGCAUCUUCCCUUAGCAGGGGCACUGCACAGCCCUCUCUCCUGUUCCUGACUACCUACUGUCAGGAAACUUAAAGAAACUCCGUAUAUAGCAGACCUUUUUCCAAGUUUGAUUAGUUAGUUCACCAUUUAUCGAUACAGAAGUGCCGCUGACUGACAGGCAAGCAAGCGCUGCAGGAGGUGCUGUGUCAGCCUUUUUCCCCUAGAAAUGCAGAAUAGAAACCUGCAAGAGUAAAGUUACUUUCCAGCUUGAGCAUUUUAACUGUAUUCAAACAUUCUAUUUGCUUUAAACUUAGUUGUGUACAAAUCUUUCAUAUAUUGCUUUUAUUAGCCUAACAGCUCAGGAGCGCAUCCCGGAUGACAGCAGCACUUUUCAGAAGAGACGCUGGGCAGCUGACUGCAGCCCGGUGAGGAGUGCAGGUUGAGGCAUUUUUUGGGAUGCUUCUCAGGAAGGACUAACAGAGAAAUUUUCUGGCUUUGUGUUUGCAAGUUCCCGUGGAGUCCCAUCGUCCUGGUCCUGUAAUGCCAAACCUCUGAUUUGUUAUUUCAGGUAAGAUCCUCUUUACAUCGCUGUUCUAACAGUGCUGAUUGGUACUAACUGGCUUCAUUCAAUUGGUUUAGCGUUAUUACAAAUCAAGUAUUUGAAGCUUUAAGACAACUUUAAGCAUCAGUUCGGAACAGCCAGCUGUCUCAUUUCUGUCAGUCUUUAACAAGCCUUAGUUUAAGCUGGCUGUUGUUCCAGUUACUUCUGCUCUAACAUAAUUGCAAGUGUGUCUUUAAAUGAUUAAAAUUUAAUACAAACAUUCAGACACAGCACAGCUAAAAUGGAAGAGGUAAACGUGUUCAAACUUUAAUUUUUGCCUGGAACAGGUGUCUCUGAAACUCUGCAGCCCCUGACCCUUCCCACAUCCUCCAGGCACGAGUGACCAGGAGCUGCACAGAGUCCCGCAGCCGGCUCAGAAGAGCAGGGACCUUCACGCCUCUUUGUUUAUGGCUGUAUUUCUUCUCUAGGGACUCCUGCUGCUUUGCAGGUGUUCCUGAUGCUCUGUGUCUCUCUGCGCCAUGUCCCGCCACCAAUCCUCCUACCGGUAAUCAAGAGACAGUGGUUUUAUCCUGAACAACCUGUUCAACAAGUAUCUCCGUGUGGACGAGCCCUUGAUACCGACAGGAGACAGGAUGCUUUCGUGCAGUGGUCGCAGCUGGGUGAAGACACAUGGAGGUUGCAUUAAAAUAAAACCUUGCUGCUGUGAGUAGAGCUUCAUGUUAACAUGAAACUCACUGGAAUCGUCUGCAUACAGGAGCACUAUGGAGCAAUUUUCAACAUGGAGGAAAAAUUGUUUCAUGUGUCUGGUAACAGAAGACAGUAUUUCACUGACAGAAAAGUUACACUGAGUGGAGUAGCAACACCCUGGCGCCAAAACUCUAACUCCAAGGUGAAUGGAAAUGCUGGAGCACUGAAUGAAAACAAUAUGAGAGCAGUGGUGACAGGAGGCGGAGGCUAUUUUGGAUACAAGCUGGGAUGUGCUCUUGCCAGCGCAGGAGCUUCUGUUGUUCUGUAUGACAUACACAAGCCUAUCUGGGAAAUUCCCAACGGAGUAGUGUGUAUCCAGGCAGAUGUCAGGGAUUAUGAUGCCAUAUUUGCAGCCUGUGAAGGAGCUGACUGUGUGUUUCAUGUAGCUUCAUAUGGAAUGUCAGGAAGAGAGCAAUUGCACAGAGAAGAGAUUGAAACUGUAAACAUUCAUGGAACAAGAUUCAUCAUUGAUGCCUGCAAACAAAGGAACAUCACUAGACUGAUAUACACCAGUACAGUAAAUGUUGUGUUUGGUGGGCUUCCUAUUGAAGAUGGCGAUGAGGAAACCGUGCCAUAUUUUCCAAUUGAAAAGCAUGUUGAUCAUUAUUCCAGAACCAAAUCAAUUGCAGAACAAAUGGUACUAGCAGCUAAUGGAGCUCCACUAGCAGGAGGUGGAAUACUCUAUACAUGUGUUCUUCGCCCACCAGGAAUCUAUGGACCAGAAGAGCAAAGACACUUGCCAAGGCUAGCAAAGAAUAUUGAGAGAGGGCUACUUAGCUUCAAGUUUGGGGACCCUUCUGCUAAAAUGAACUGGGUGCACGCAGAGAAUCUUGUACAAGCUCAAAUACUAGCUGCUAAAGCUCUCACCCCUGAAAAGAACUACAUAGCUAGCGGCCAGGUGUAUUUCAUUAAUGAUGGUGAAAAAUUCAACCUUUUUGAAUGGUUAACUCCACUUUUUGAAAGAUUAGGUUGCAGUAAGCCAUGGAUACGUAUUCCUACUUCCUUAGUUUAUGCAUCAGCCAUGAUAAUGGAAUACCUUCAUCUGAUGCUGAAACCAUUUGUUGAACUGUCCCCACUGCUGACCAGAAAUGAGGUACAGAACAUUUCUAUAACUCAUACGUUUCGAAUAGACAAGGCACGGAGUCAGCUGGGGUACAGCCCAGAGAAGUUUGCAUUUGCUGAUUCCGUGGACCAUUACAUUAAAACCAGACCAGAAGCCCAGAAUCAUCAUAUCUUCUUCAAAGUGUUGCUUUCUUUAAUUGUUAGUUCAAGUUUGAUCUUUUUUUCUCUAAGAUUUGAUGGCCUUUCAGUUUUGCAUUUUUUUAAAGAAACACAACACUGACUUGCAGGAAGUGCACGUACUCAGUCACAGUACUGCUAGCUGGAUCAUUCUAAUCUCCACAAUAGUUACUGGCCCCAAUGCAACAAACAGGCAGUUAUUUUUAAAUUUAAAACCAAAAUUCUAAUGUAUCAGUAGCUGUACUCAAGAAAUUAAAAUACAGUAAACAAUUAUGGCCAAAUCACUGAAACACAGUAGACUCCAGAUUGUUGCCUCUGUUUAUUUCACAACAAAAAACCAACUUUCCAAGUUGGUUGCUGAAGUAAAUGAGAACCUGCAGAAAGAACAAGAGCUACAGCCAGCCUACCAUGCUUCACUGGUGAAGAAAAAUGGUUAAAAUAAGAAGAAGGUUUGACCACAGCUGCUGCCAUGGCUCACUACCUUGGGGAACUGUGGAACAAGCAAAGGGACAGACAGAGCAGGUUACUGUAAAUAACACCAGCUGUACGGAGAGAAUUCACUGUGUACAUUUCUUUGGUGAAUUAGCUGUAUCACUGCAUAUGAGGGAAAA